AUGAUUUCAGCUUUUUCGUCCUCAGCUUUCCUUGUUAUGUUGUACUGUUCCACUAUCCUGAACGGUGUGUUUAUGUGUCCAAACUCAUUCGAUACGCAACUAGACUGGGUGUGGGAAAAGGCUGGAGUCCCUAGACAGGACUUUAAAUCAGAUAUUGAUAGUAAAACAACUCCUGCAAUGAGAAGAUGGUUUGCAGGAUUUUUAAAAGAAAAGGUUGCAAGAGACUUGAUUAAGACUGAGGUGCAAAUAUUAGAACUUAUGCAUAAAAGCGAGGCGGAAUGUCAGAGAGGAAACAAUUCGUUUGAUGUUGUAAAGGACUUUCCAUCACCUGAAAAUCGUAUCAAACUUUCAAAGAAUGAAAUCACUGUCCUUAAAGAUCUACUGCGUCGACUCGACAUCAUAAAGGAAACAUUGAUAAAGUCAAUGCAGGCAGUGAAGACACCAAGAUGUUUAGAGAAGUGUCAGGCAGUGAGCAGUCUUAUGAACAUAGGGAACCGUGUCUUUGAUUUUACCAAAGAAUUUCAUCUUUGUUCUUGGAUGACACAACACGAAAACUUAGAAAAAGUACAAGAAAUGUCCUCCGUACAAGACAUAUCAUCCUCCGCCAUGUUAGAUAUUCUACUGGUUUUGUCAGACAAUGCUGCUGUAACUGAGUACCUAAUGAUGGAGUAUAUGAAAGACAUACGAGAUUUUGAACAGAACAAGGCGGAAAAGAAUAUGAAAUUGAAGACUGAAUAA